AACUGUUUAAUUUGGUGGAAAAUUUCAGUCUGUCCUGUUUAAUUUGGCUGAUGGAAUUGGAACCUCGAAUUUUCUGUUGGUGGUAUAUGGUUUAUCAUGGAAGUUUCAUCUUGGAAGUAAGAUAAAGGUACCGACCGUCUGUUGUUGCUGUUUUCCAAGUCAAAUAUAAGUGGGGCUUUACCCGUUGUGGAUGAUUUUUAGUUUUGGAGAAAAUUGGGUUUGAGGUUUGGAUAGGGAACUCUUGUUUCUUUUUGAAUCUGUUGAGACUUUUUUUUGUUUCUGGGAAGUGACCUAGUCCUAGUCUUAUCUUGGAGAUGGGAGCCUCAAACUCUAAAAUAGAUGAAGAUAAGGCAUUGCAACUAUGUCGUGAAAGGAAGAAGUUUGUUAGACAAGCACUUGAUGGAAGAUGUUUGCUAGCAGCUGCUCAUGUUGCAUAUAUUCAAUCGCUGAAAAAUACAGGGACUGCGCUGCGAAAGUUUGUUGAACCUGAAGCCUCAAUAGAGUCUUCCUUGUAUACUUCCACCAGUGCAACACCCGAGCCACUUGCAUUAACAGAGAAGUCCCUUUCCCAGUUCUCAUACUCUUCACCAUCUCUGUCACAGCGUGUAGAUGCAGCAGAAACCCUUUCCCCAACUCCUUCUCCUCCCCAUUCCGGCCGAUUUCGUGUAAACCAUAUGAAAGCAGGUGGUGGUUCUUCAAGAACAAUUGAAGAGAGACCAUUUCCAGUAACUAGGACACUAAAUUCGUCCUCAAGUACGCUGCAAAAUCUCACACCUCGAUCUGCUGAAAGGUCUGAAACAUCACCAUUUCAAUAUUCUCCUCUUCCACCUGAGGGACCUUGGGAUUAUUUUGGCCUUUCCCAUCCAAUAGACAAUCAGUUCUCUUUUCAAGAUGGCAGGGGUUUGAACCAUGAUGGUAUAACACGCCCUAGGGAGGAGGAGGAGGAGGAGGAGGAGGGAAUGCCUGAACUCGAAGAGGAAGAACAGAAAUCUUCUUUUAGUGGAAGUAUUGAAUCUGAGGAGUCUGAAGAUGAAUUUGAUGAACCUUCUACAGAAAAUCUUGUUCGAAGCUUUGAAAACCGCAAUAGGGUAUUGGAUUCUCAUUCAACUAGUACCUCUCCUACUAUUCCAUCUGCCAGGAGUAUAGCUGCAGAAGCUAAACUCUUGAAUGGGGAUAAAACAAAGUCCCCUGAUUUGACACCAUUAAGGACCACAGCUUCUGUGGUUCCACUUCCCAUUGAUGACAAAAAAAUAACAGAGAAAGAAGCUGGAAAUGAAAACAAGCAUGCACCUAAGGACUUCCUUUCAAGCAUAAAAGAAGUUGAAUUUCUCUUCCUCAAGGCUUCAGAAUCUGGAAAAGAAGUUCCCCGGAUGCUGGAAGCAAAUAAAUUGCAUUUUCGUCCUAUAUUCCCUGGGAAAGAAGGGCAGUCAAGGACAUCUAUUUUUCUGAAGGCCUGUUUUUCUUGUGGUGAAGAUCCAACCCAAGUUCCUGAAGGGCCAGCUGCAACAACAGUAAAGUACUUAACAUGGCAUAGGACGACAUCAUCCCGUUCCUCGUCAUCCAGGAAUCUUCUUGGAUCAGCUUCAAAAGAAAAUAUCGACAACGUAAACAGUAAUCUGUUCAGUAAUUCUUGCAUGAAUUCAGGCAGUCAUGCCUCCACCUUAGAUAGGUUAUAUGCAUGGGAGAGGAAGCUUUAUGAUGAAGUCAAGGCUAGUGGGAUGAUCAGAAGUGAGUAUGACAACAAGUGUAAACUUCUAAGACAACUGGAGUCAAAUGGAGAAAAAACUAUCAGGAUCGAUAGAACUCGUGCGGUUGUCAAGGAUCUGCACUCAAGAAUUAGAGUUGCAAUUCACAGAAUUGACUCGAUAUCAAAGAGAAUUGAGGAAUUAAGGGACAAAGAGCUUCAACCGCAACUUGAGGAAUUGAUUGAAGGGUUAAGUCGAAUGUGGGAAAUGAUGUCUGAAUGCCACAAGCUUCAGUUUAACAUCAUCAGUAUAGCAAGUAACAAUGGGAGUACCAAAUUGUCCUUGCAGUCAGAAUCACAUCAACAUGCUACCUCUCAUCUGGAAUAUGAAUUGAGCUAUCUAUCUUCAAGCUUCACAAAGUGGAUCAAUGCACAGAAAUCGUAUAUGCGGGCUAUAGAUGGAUGGCUCCACAAAUGUGUAUUUAUUCAACGGAAAACUUCGAGGAGAAAAAGGAAUCUACCUGAUCCACCCUUGAGGGAACUAGGCCCUCCCAUAUUUGUAACCUGUGGUCUAUGGUUGGAUAAACUAGAGGCCCUACCAACAAAAGAAGUAUCAGAUUCUAUAAAAGUGUUAGCAGCAGAGACCACGAGCUUCUUGCCUCGCCAAGAGAAAAACCACGGGAAGAGUUCAAAUCAAUCAUUUUUGUCAGCCUGGAAGACAGUUGGCAAUGACGAAGCAACGAGCAAUGCUUUGGGAGAGGAACCACCGCAAGACUGGGAUUCAGGUAUUGAACGUUUCCAAUCAAGCUUGGUGGGUGUUCUUGAUCGAUUCAAUUGCUUCGCUGAGUCAUCAAUGAAGAUGUUUAUAGAGAUUCAAGUGGCCAUUCGAGAAGCUAAAAAUGGUUAUGAACAAAGCACACGGAGGUCAUAUUCAUGAGAUGGUUGAUUGUUUUGAGACAGAAAAAAGGAAGCAAACAAAUAGAGGAAGGAAGAAGGAAAAGCUGGGGAGCUGAGAAUUCAGUUGAAGCAGUUAUGAUGCUGAUGGGUGAUUUGUCAACCUAUGAAGUGUUUCAGUUGGGAAUUUUUUAUUUGGCUAUCACAUUUGUAAAUUGGAGGAAUAAAUGAUUACUGGAUUGAGGUCCUGAGGAUUCUUAUAUGCUAAUUAUUUGCAAAGUUGAAGAUAACUACAAAAGAAAAAGUAGUGAGUGCAUCUGUAGAUAGGAGACACCCAGAAAUGAUAAGAUGGGGAGGGGGGCUUGGCUUGUAUUUUCACUUGUUGAAUGUUGAUAAUGAAGAGUUAUGGAAAUGAG